AUGUUCGCCGAUGCUGUCUAUCAAAGUGGCGAUAACUAUACUCGAGACUCUGAAGAUGUUCAAGCCGCCAUUUUUGUCAUCAUUCCCUGUGUCCUCGGUCUCAUCAUGGCGAUUAUUGUGAUUCGUGGAUUUUACGAGAUUCCAGCGAUGAAAUCGUCUUUCGGGUAUUUGACCAGAUAUCAAUUGUAUUUGCGGAUUGUUGCAUGUUUGAAUAGCGGGGGAUUCUACCUGUUUGGUGUUUUAUUGUGAGUUUUUAUUUAUGAGUUUGAAAACUAAAUUAAAUGAAAAUUGAAUUCAAGAGAUUUCAAAACAGUCAUCAAGAAUUCGCAAAUCUCCGGUCUGAUUUCUACAACACUUCUCCCUAUGAUUUACUCUCUAUACUUUUUGAUUUCUAUCAAUCGAUUUAUGGCAAUUGUUCUACCACUCUACUACAACGCAAUUUUUCAACCAAAACUUCGUCGUAUCUAUGUUUCAGUAUGCUACAUUUUCCCAAUAAUCUAUACCCCAAUCUUCACAUGGAAUUGUGAGUUCAAAAACAAUACUUCUAUUUAGAAGACCACUACUUUCAGAUGGGUGUGGAUAUAAAUUUUAUCAUUAUGGUUGGGUAUUUUCAUUCAUAAUUUCGGACACUUGCGGAACGAAAUUUGAAGUUUUACUGCGCGGAGUUCAAAAUGUGAUAGGAGCUAUGCUCUUGCUUUUCGAUUUCGGAACACUGAUCUCAUUGAUGUGUUUUGGGGUAAGAUCCUUAUUUAGAAUCAGUAUACCUCCGAAUCUCAAAUUUCAGAAACACGUUCUACGAACCAAAAGUGCCGAGGUCCGAAAAUGCGAAUUAAACUUCGGACAACAAGUCGUGAUUCAAGGAAUCGUCUCACUAAUCUACAGUAUUUUCUACAGUUUCGCCUAUCAAUGGAUACCUGGAGAUGUUUCCGAAAGAUGGAAGAUCUACUGGACUUCGACGUUUCUCGCAAAUUUUCUUCACAUCUUUGACUCGUUAGUUUGUGCCAAAUUUCAGAUGAAAAAGUUUGUGUUUCAGUGGAGUGAUUUUCGUGUUCAAUUCCGAGUUUUCCAAGUGGCUGCGAGAAAGGAACAGGAAUAAUGUUACACCACUUGGCGUGGUUAUGACUAUCCCAUGA